AUGCGAAGUCAUAUUGCUCUAUUACGUUUACUCGCCGCGGCGUUAAUCGCCGUCGGUGGCGAGUAUUUCAAACUGUAUAAUGUGAGUUAUGAUCACCGAGCUAUCAUCAUUGAUGGACAUCCCCGAAUGCUCAUUUCUCGCGGAAUUCACUAUCCUAGAGCCACUCCUCAGAUGUGGCCUGAUCUAAUUUCGAAGAGCAAGGAAGGUGGUGCAGAAUCUGCAGAUGUUAUCCAAACAUACAUAUUUUGGAGUGUGCAUGAACUGGUUAAAGAAAUGUAUUACUUUAAAGGGAGAUAUGAUCUCGUCAAGUUUGUGAAGCUAGUGGGAUCAAACAGGAUCUAUCUUCAUCUACGGAUAGGUCCUUAUGUUUGUGCCGAGUGGAACUUUGGGUCUCAUCCUAUUCCUAUUUUCUUUGGCAGUUCUAUUUUUUAA